CGGGUCAUAUUGCAACAAUUCCUCUUAAUGAGCAAAGAACUGUUACUGCGGAUUGGUAUACCACCAUUUGUUUGCCAAAAGUCAUCACCGAGUUUCGAAAAAUCAACCCCGAAAGAAGAAUCAUCCUCAACCAAGACAAUGCAAGCUCGCACACAGCCCAAAAAACAAGGCAGUGUUUAA